CGCACACGUCAAGUCGAGAGAGGAGAAAGAGAGAAGACUGUGAGUGAGUUCUGCUCGCAACUAGGAGCAAAGGCGUCGAGCUUGCAGGACGCGAGUCGUGCCACUGCUGGCCCCCAAGCUCGAGCCCACCACUGUGCUGGCUCAUCACUCCACUCCGUCACGUCGGGCUGCUACGCCGCCGGUCGAUAGCGUGGGCAACCAUUGCAAUCCGUCAGAUAAGGCUGAAACUUUUAGAAUAAAUGGUACGAAGAGGUCCCCAUAUGUUCGGGUCGGGAACCACCUCAAAGGCGGGUGAUCCCGGUACUUUUGUCUUCUUCAUACGGAUUGGAUCGGCGCUCACGCGAGUGCAUCUCGGAGAGGGGAGGGGCAAGAUAGAGACGGUGAUGCUACAGCUCUACUCACUCUAUUCGAUACGCUGUAUGCGUGCGCGUGAAGCGGGAGGCUUGAAUGCGCUUGAUCCGCUUUGCGAUUCGAAGUUUGGCUCUACUUUGCCCCGACCCUGUGGAUGUGGCUGCGAGCUGCGAUCUACGAUCUACGUCAGCUUGCUUGGCUUGGUGAAUGAUCAGCAAGCGCCGUCACUUGCUCUUGCUGUUUGAGCUUGGACGGUGGUGUGCAAGAAAGGUG